UGUGGCUCCAGUGUGGCUCCAGUGUCGCCCGGGCAGCCUCCCUGCUCCUGAGCUGCUGUGGCUGAGGGCAUUCCUCUCCUGACACGGGGCGAGAAGGGGGCUCGCUCCCCAGGGCCCAGCCAUGGCAGACCAGGAGCCCCUCUGCAGCUCCAACUGGGAGGCCCCACAGGGCAAGAGCUCCCUGGACUCAGCGUGGUCAUGGAGCAGCUGGACAGCGGCCCUGAAGCCCAGCUGGGGGUGGAGCCUCCAGCCUCCAACAAGUCCCCUGUGGAACCUGUGCCCUCUCCUGGGUUCAGGACCGGUGGCGGGUCUCAGCCRAGCAGGGCAUCUGUGCAGGAGCAGGCGAGGGAAGGAGCCGCAGAUUCCAAUAAUGAGAGACCCUGGAUGGAUUCGAAAUGUGUGGCCUUCAAACAUUAAUGCCCAGACCAUGAACUACGUUGGGCAGCUGGCYGGCCAGGUGUUUGUCACUGUGAAGGAGCUCUACAAGGGGUUGAACCCUGCUACUCUGUCGGGAUGCAUCGAUAUCAUUGUCAUCCGGCAGCCCAAUGGGAGUCUGCAGUGCUCCCCUUUCCAUGUCCGCUUCGGGAAGAUGGGGGUUCUGCGUUCCCGGGAGAAAGUGGUUGACAUAGAAAUCAACGGUGAAUCCGUGGAUUUGCAUAUGAAGUUGGGUGAUAAUGGAGAAGCAUUUUUUGUUCAAGAGACUGAUAAUGAUCAGGAAGUGAUCCCCAUGUACCUGGCCACCUCCCCUAUCCUGUCCGAAGGAGCUUCGAGAAUGGAGUCCCAGCUGAAAAGGAACUCGGCAGACAGGGUGAGGAGCCUGGACCCUUGCACGCCUCCCCAGGUUGUGCCACCCAGCGAGACCUCGUCCAGUGGCUCCUUGGUAAAGAAGAGGCGGAAGAGGAGGAGGAAGUCCCAACUGGACAGCCUGAAGAGGGAUGACGACWCGAACACGUCUGAGGACGAAGACAUGUUUCCCAUAGAGAUGAGCUCGGAUGAGGACUCGGGGCCGCUGGACGGCAGCAGAACUCUUCCUAGUGACAUACCACCAUUCCAAGAUGAGAUUCCCAAGGAAAACCUCCCCUCAGUCUUGCCUUAUCCCCAGUCAGCAUCAUACCCCAAUUCAGAUCGAGAGUGGUCCCCCAACCCCAGCAGCCCGGUAGAUGGCAAAAGGACUCCCCCUCAUCUUGCAGCUGCAGCCGAGGGUGGCCUGUCUAGUUCCUGCCCUCCGCAGCCUUCCCACUUCCAUGCUUCAGAAAGUCCUUCAGGUUCCCGACCCUCAACGCCUAAAAGUGAUUCCGAGCUGGUCAGUAAGUCGACGGAUAGGUCAGCACUGAAGAGCAACCUAGAAAUGCUCUGGCUCUGGGGAGAGCUGCCACAGGCAGCAAAGUCAUCUUCUCCACACAAGAUGAAAGAGUCCAGCCCACUGUGCAGUAGAAAAAUUUGUGAUAAAACUCACUUUCAGACCAUUCACAGCGAAUCUUCAGAUACUUUUAGUGACCAAUCACCAACUUUGGCCAGAGGGCCUCUUUCAGACCAGAAUAAGCCUCCGACAGAGAUGCAGUUUGUCAGUGAAGAAGACCUAGAGGCCUUGGGAGCAGCAGCCCCGCCAUUGCCUAUGGCGGAAGAACUCAAGGCCCCGGCUGCCAGUGCAGUGCCCACUGCAAGCAAGACGGACUCUCCUUCCAGGAAAAGAGAUAAACGAAGCAGACACCUCGGUGCUGAUGGCGUCUACUUGGACGACCUCACAGACAUGGAUCCUGAGGUGGCAGCCCUGUAUUUUCCCAAAAACGGAGACCCUCCAGCGCUCGCCAAACACACCAGCGACAACGGAGCCCGGUCAGCCAACCAGUCCCCGCAGUCUGUGGGCAGCUCGGGCGCUGACAGUGGCAUGGAGAGCACCUCGGACGGCCUGAGGGACCUGCCAUCCAUUGCCAUCUCCCUCUGUGGGGGCCUCAGUGACCACCGGGAAAUCACGAAAGAUGCGUUUUUGGAGCAAGCCGUGUCCUAUCAGCAGUUUGUGGACAACCCUGCUAUCAUCGAUGACCCCAAUCUUGUGGUGAAGAUCGGGAAUAAAUAUUAUAACUGGACGACGGCAGCACCUCUACUGCUGGCAAUGCAGGCCUUCCAGAAACCUUUGCCAAAGGCCACUGUGGAAUCUAUCAUGAGGGAUAAGAUGCCCAAAAAGGGAGGAAGAUGGUGGUUUUCUUGGAGGGGAAGAAACACCACGAUCAAAGAGGAGAGUAAGCCCGAGCAGUGCUUGGCUGGAAAGGGCCACAGCACUGGAGAGCAGCCGUCACAGCUGAGCAUGGCCACCAGAAUAAAGCACGAAUCAUCCUCCAGUGACGAAGAGCAUGCAGCUGCCAAGCCUUCCAGUGUGAGCCACCUCCCUCUUUUGUCUAACGUCAGCUACAAAAAGACUCUCCGGCUCACAUCGGAGCAGCUGAAAAGCUUGAAGUUGAAGAAUGGCCCCAAUGACGUGGUUUUCAGUGUCACCACACAGUAUCAAGGCACCUGUCGCUGUGAAGGCACCAUCUAUCUGUGGAACUGGGAUGAUAAAGUCGUCAUUUCUGAUAUUGACGGCACCAUCACGAGAUCAGAUACCCUUGGCCACAUUUUGCCCACCCUCGGGAAGGAUUGGACCCACCAGGGCAUUGCGAAGUUGUACCAUAAAGUGAGCCAAAAUGGAUAUAAGUUUCUCUACUGUUCUGCACGUGCCAUCGGGAUGGCAGACAUGACACGGGGCUACCUGCACUGGGUCAACGAGAGGGGCACGGUGUUGCCGCAGGGGCCGCUGCUGCUCAGCCCCAGCAGCCUCUUCUCCGCCUUGCACAGAGAAGUGAUUGAAAAGAAGCCAGAAAAGUUUAAAGUCCAGUGUUUAACCGACAUCAAAAACCUGUUUUUCCCAAAUACGGAACCCUUUUAUGCUGCAUUUGGAAACCGGCCAGCUGACGUGUAUUCCUACAAGCAAGUGGGGGUGUCCUUGAACAGAAUCUUCACUGUCAACCCUAAAGGAGAGCUGGUACAGGAGCAUGCCAAGACCAACAUCUCCUCGUAUGUGAGGCUGUGUGAGGUGGUGGACCACGUCUUCCCGUUGCUGAAGAGAAGUCAUUCUUCGGACUUCCCCUGCGCGGACACUUUCAGUAACUUCACCUUCUGGAGAGAGCCGCCGCCACCUUUUGAGAACCAGGACAUUCAUUCUGCUUCAGCAUAGUACAUGCCACACAGCCUCCUGCAGUGGUGCGGGAGCCUGUCACCACUAAAGAAYGGGUUGUGGGGACCCUGGAGCCGGCACUGGGAGCCCAUGUGUGCUCAUUUUCUUAGAAUUGAGGAGCAUUUCUCCCCCUUCCCCCUGCCAUGGGGUGACGUGUCUAAGUACACCACGGAGGYUGGACCUUCUAGCCAGGAGUGGGGUGUUCCUGGGUGCCAGGCAUCCUCAGUGUGGCUGCUGCCCACGGCAGCGCUGAGCCCCAGCCUGCUCCAGGGUCAGUUCUGGUUGAUGUGCAAUAUGGGGCUCCGAUGCCCRAGCAGAGGCUUGCCCCCUGACGAGGUUCAGCUGAGGACUGCCAGAUGUGCACGGCUGGGGUCCUGAGGGGCACACUCCCAUGGCAGCGACAUUUGUGUCGCCUUCUACAGAGGGCAGACAGGGCAGUGAAGGGUCAAGUGACCUGAACCCGAGGUCCCUGAUGGCAACCUGACCCGCAUGGGGUCGGGGCCUUGAGCAAGCCUUAGUCUUGGCCCCGUGGUUGUUCCCUGGCAGUGUUUGCUGACUAGCCUCAUUUUUAGGUGACAUGUUCUUAGUUCCUUUGGUUAGAGGCAGCCUGCAUAUCCCCCCAUUCUUUAUGGCUCAAGGCUGGGACACUUUUGCCUUAAUGCAUCCGUGGCAGACAUUUUACUUGGAAUGCGCUGUGUCCAGCUCAGUAACUGCUAUGCCUUCAAGGAAAAUGAUCGUGACUUUUAAGGCGCAUUUCAAAUCAGUUCAACAUCCCGUUGUCACCCUUUCACUCAGCGAGGUGGCGCUGAUCAUGUGGCCUUGACCGGGGCUUAUGCUGAAGGGUGAUGACGUUGAUUUUUGUUGGGAGCUCUCAAAAGAAACUGGUUGGUUUUAAGAAAACAGUUUCAAGCAGUUGCAUUCUAUUCUUUAUAGAUAUUAUUUAUUGCUUCUCUCUGAUUGGGUCACUGUUGUAAGCACCCUAGCCAUAUUCUUUCAAUCACAACUGUUAUUAAUACAUUAAAAACGAGUGUGCUAGACAUCUGAAGAGCCUUAUUCUGUGUAUCUCAUGACCGUGCUUCUUUUGGAAUUAYGAAUAAUUUUUUUUUCUUAGCUUUUUCCACUCAAAUUAAGGKUAAGGUUAAAAGUAAUAAUUUGAGUGACAUUCUUGAAGCCAGUAGAAGGUGGUUCUGUUUAUUAACCUAGCUGAUGGAAAGAACAAUGUGAAAAAUGAAAGAAUUAUUUUGGUAAAAUAUUUUGCUUUACAUUUUUGAAGUAUUUUUUUAAGGAGUGUUUUACUGUGAAGACUGAAAUGCUUUCCAAUUAAAUCUCAUUGUUAGAAUGGUAGGUGCAAAGCACGGAGCRGCUGAAGGAAAUGUUACUCUUUCUGUGAAAGAAAACCCGGCCUCAUUGCCUUUGUUGUGGUUGGUGGGUUGUUAAGGAUGGGUGGCUCCACUGAGCUGUUCUUGGGGACACCCAGAGUCCGGCAAAUCGCAGACUUCCUAGAGACGUGGACAUGCAUGUGCAAAUUCCCUUUGGGAGGUGUUAAAAUUAAUUAAAAAUAUUCCUGUCUUAACGAACUCCUGUUUGUUCUCUGCUGACCUUUAGAAGGCACAUGAUUCUUCUGCCACCAGGGAGUGUGAGUGAAUUUUCACUGCUCACUAGCCUGCAGAGGUCCCAUGCUUUCUGCCUUGCGCCCAGAAAGGAGCCUUGGCUGGGGGAAUGGUUGCAGCUCACUCUUCACCUGCUCUCCAAGUGAAGCCUGAGACACUAAUUUGAUGUACCUUGAAUUUCCAUAGGAACCCCCCCAAAAAAAACAGAGCACACCUUCCAUUGAGUCACACUCACUCACACGUGAGCCCUGGGUGGGCUGUAAGAUUAGCACCUGUUUUACAGCUUCUGAAAAGGAGGUUUAUAUGUGGCCACACCCAGGAAUAGGCGGAUUAUUUAUCUGUGUGUGUGCUGUGACCUGGUGACCCCAAGGUCAUAUGCUAGACAGCUGUAGUUGGACCACACGUUUCAAAUGGGUCCAUGGAAGGGAAUCACUCCAUUGUGAGAGUUCUCCAAAUGUCUGUCACACAUGAUGAGGAAGAAUGUAUAUAUCUGCAACAUGGGAGAGAAACGGUUA